AUGCCCGUGGCCACGCUGCAGGAGGUACUGGUGCCCAGCAACAACACUUCGAGUCCGCCUGUGUAUCGCGUGUCCAGGCCAGCGCCCAAGCAGCCGGAGAAGCGAGUACCCACGCAUCUGCAGGACAUCAUGCCACAUCCAGGCUAUGUGGAUGAUGAUGCGGGAGAUGUGAUCAGGAUCAUCGAACCGCCGCAGCACUUCCAGCAGCUGAAGCGCCUCCGUCAGCGCCAGCCACUGGGCACUCCCGCUGUCGUCUGGGAGCAGCCACGCAAACUUAGCAGCAAUCGAACGCCGGCACAGCCACGCCCACAGCUACCCACAGGCGAUCUCCUCACACAGGAGACGCAGAACAUGCCCCUGGCCAAUAGCAAAAGCAACAGCAACAGCAACAGCAAUAACCUGCAACUUCCCAUGGAGAUACUGGCCUCUGUGAGGAAGACAGAACGUCUGCUGCAUCGACAGCGGCAGAAGCAGCUGCCUCUGGGGAUGCGACAGCGCCACAUUCAGCGGCAGUCGCACACGCUUAUUGCCCAGAAAUCCAUGGAGCAGCAGCUCUACCAGCGGGGUCAGCAGCAGCGCCUGCGAGCGGUACUCAGCCGGAACCAGCAGGAGCACAAGCGAUCAAAGCGCAUGAAGCGGGAGACCCAGAGCGCCAAGGGCAGUGGCGCCUACGAUGUGCAGCAGGGUCUGAAGUUGGUGGCGCACAUUGGGGAUUUGCUGCGGAAUGCCACGCUGUAUCUACCCGACGACGGAGAGGCGGAGAGGACAAAGCAGCCCAAUGAGGUGAAGAAGUCAACGGCGUGCAGUGGCAAUGCAACCACCAACUGCGACAGUCGACGACGUCGCCAAAGGCUGUUCAAGCCAACCAAAACAGCGGAGAAGCAGAGGGAGAGACUGAGGGAGAGGCGUCGCAACUUCCGCAAUGAGGCAACAUCAACGACAACAACAACAACGACAAAGCAACCAGAAACAACAACAACUACAAAAACUACAGUCAAAUCAGCAGCAACAGCAGCAACAGCAGCAGCAUUGAGUGGCAAUUCAACAACUUCCGCCACUCCGUUGGCCAGUCGCCUGGUAAAUUCACGUAAAUCACCAAACAAUAAUAAGCGCAAUGGUGGAUCGGUGGCCCGCAGCGAUGAUUCCAUACUUUAUGCGGACAUAAUGACAAAUAUACGGCAACUGUGGCAGGAGCAAGAUGAACUCCUUGGGGCAGCACCACCCCAGUUCAUUGCACCCGGUCAGGUGCCGAACAACACGGACUAUCGCGCUCUGGAUGUGUACCUUAAGGAGCUCGCAGAGCUGUCCAAGCGAUUGCCCACAGUGGCGCCCAUCACUGGACUGAAUCGUGAGGAGCUGGAGCGGGUUACGCCCACGCCCAGCUGGUAUCUGAUCAACCAUGAGGGUAAGAUCUAUGAGACGCGGCUGGACAGCGAAACGAAGCCCUCAUCGACGCUCUUCCAUCGCUUUCCCGACAUGCCCAAUGGCGAUGACAGUGUGGACUCCACCCUGGAUCUGGAGUAGAAUGCCCU